GGCGGUGUGGAAAAUUGCCCCAAGGCGGUGGCCCGGGCAGAGGAAUUUUUGCUGAGGCUUCGUCAAAAGGCUGAGAGACCGGAACCAAAGAUAUUUGGCCUUUCAGAAGAAGAGGCCGUUAACUCACAUAAGUCAGGGCUUGGAUAGGGCUUGGACAAUUUUUGUGAACCACCCAGAGAGCUCCGGCUAUUGGGCGGUAUAGAAAUGUAAUAAAUAAAUAAAUAAAUAAAUAAAUAGGGCAAGAUUCCUCAGCCGCCAUGGAGGUGCAUCUCUCGCAGGAGGCCAAGCCAGAGGGUGACAGAGAGGCCGACUUGGUAGCAAAUCAACAAGGUAUUUUUCUCCAAUCUCUUGCAUCAAAGAACAAUUGAACCAAUAAUGAGGAAGGCCCUCAACCUCAUGUGAUCCACAGAGACAAAAGCCUAAAUGGAAUGAAAAUGGAGGAGCAAGACCUGAAUCAGGAGGGAAAUGGGAGGCAGGAGGCUCCGGCUGAAGUAAAUUUUAAACAAAUUAAGCAAGAACCCAAUGCGGGCCUCCAGCAAGGCUGGGAAACCCAGUGGCAGGAGUUCCUGAAGAAAAUGCAGGACCCACAGUUGGGGUGGAAAAACCCACCAUGUGGGCUUCAGGACAGGUCAAUGGGAAAUCGUGAGGCUACCCCAGCCUCGUUUGAGGAAGUAGAUUGUUCUAGCCAGCAGCCAAAAGGAGAGGGCGUGAUCCAAACGCCACUAGGCCUCAGCAGAGAAGGUCAGGAAAGGCAAGAUUCUUCUACGAAUGUCAAAGAAGAGCUUCUUGAUGAGGAUGGCAUCAGCUUGGGGUCCCGGUGCCGACGCUUCAGGCAGUUCUGCUAUCGGGAAGCCGACGGCCCACGGGAUGUUUGGAAGAAGCUCCGGGAACUCUGCUGUCGAUGGUUGGAGCCAGAACAGCACACCAAAGAGCAGAUCCUGGAGCUGGUGAUCCUGGAGCAGUUCCUGGCCAUCCUUCCCCUGGAGAUGCAGCGCUGGGUCUGGGAAGGCGGUGUGGAAAAUUGCCCCAAGGCGGUGGCCCGGGCAGAGGAAUUUUUGCUGAGGCUUCGUCAAAAGACUGAGAGACCGGAACCAAAGAUAUUUGGGCUUUCAGAAGAAGAGGCCGUUAACUCACAUAAGUCAGGGCAAGAUUCCUCAGCCGCCAUGGAGGUGCAUCUCUCGCAGGAGGCCAAGCCAGAGGGUGACAGAGAGGCCGACUUGGUAGCAGGUGCUGUGCAAGUGAGGAUAAAGGAGGAGAAUCUUCAGCCAGAAAAACCUAACUCUUCAAACUUUGGGGGAACAUCCUUGGAAAGAAAUGAAGGCCUAUUUCUUCAGGGCAUCGAGGAGACAGUGAUGACUAGUGAUCAGCAAGGACCCAAAUGUCACCAGGAAAGCUGUCACAGAAUGCCACCAGAGCAAACUUUUCAUUUUGAGGAAUGCAAUGAAGACUUAAAUGGAAGCCCCUUCCGAGAAGGAAUCCAUAGGUAUGCAAGAGAAAAGGCAGCCCCUGACUGUGGGGAAAGACUCUCUCACAACUUGGUCCUUUUUGAUCACCAGAGAAUGCAAAAGGGGGAUAAGCACUUCAAAUGCUCGUAUUGUGGGAAAAUCUCCAACGGAAGGACAAAUCUGAUGAUACACGAGAGAACCCACACAGGAGAGAAGCCUUACCGAUGCCCCGAGUGCGGGAAGAGUUUCAGUACCAGCUCGAACCUUAUAAAUCACAAAAGGGUACACACGGGCGAGAAGCCGUACCGGUGCUCGGAUUGCGGGCAGAGCUUCAGUCAUAACGCAUCCUUGAUAAGACACCGGAGAACCCACACCGGAGAGAAGCCGUACGAGUGCUCGGACUGUGGCAAAAGCUUCAUUCAGAAAGGAGAACUGAUUGCACACAAGAGGACCCACACCGGAGAGAAGCCGUACGAAUGCUCCGAGUGCGGGAGGAGCUUCAGCACCAGUUCUCACCUGAUAAGGCACAAGAGGGUCCACACGAGGGUGAAACCGCGGAAUUACGCGGACUGUGGCAAAAGCUUCCGUCGGAAAUCAAACAUGAUUAAGCACAAAGGGACGUAUGUCGACGAGAAGCAAUAGAAGGGCCGAGAUUGUAGGCAGAGAACAUCGGUCAGGGGCCACAUUUUGUCCGUCCCGUUACAAAGAGGGUUGGGAGAACACAGAAGUGCAGCCAAAACGCUGCAGCCACAGCAUCAGAAAUAGCCCAGCUGAUGGUUUUGAUUUAUUGUUAGGUAU